UUUGCUAGAGUAGUUUUAGUUCUUCCUUAUUAAUCUGGUUUGCUAAAUAAUGAACUGAAGCUGAGUAAUAGUAACUCUAGAGAUCCGUGGAUUCGAUAUUUAUUACUUGAGCCACUAUACUGCAGUCCCUUCCAUUGGUUACACUUGGCCAUUGUUAGGAGUUGUGUCAUAGCGAGUCAAGAGUCUUUCAGAGAAUGCUGCAACAUGAAAGACAGAUGUAUGGGACACAAAAAGGUAAGAUGAUUGCUGCUGCAAGUGUGGAUUCGACAGUUCUUGCUGCUCAAGGAGCAAACAGAAGGCCAAAUACAACAGGAAAAGGCCUUUCUGUACUUAUUGCAAGAAGGAAGGACACACUGAAGAAGUAUGUUACCAGAAACAUGGAUGGCCUCCUGGAAUGGAUACAAGAAAUCCAGGAGGUCAAAGCAAAGGACUCGAAUGCAACUACUGCAGGAGGCAGGGACACACAGAAGAGAGAUGUUUCUUUAAACAUGGCUUUCCUCCCAGCAGCAACAGUAGGGGUUCCACAAGACAAGGAAGAGGAAGAGGAUAUGCAAACAUGACCUCUACCAAUCAGAAUGAUCAAGACAUCAAACUCACCAAAGAAGACUGACAAAAAUUGAUGAAUUUGCUUCGCCAGAAGCAAUCUGGUGGUUCUUACACUGCUGCUGCUUUCAUCAACAGUCCAAAGGAACCAGGUAAAUUUCUUUUGACUGCUCCCAUACUUAAUCAGAAAAACAAGAAGAACACACUAUGGAUUCUAGAUACUGGAGCAUCAGAUCAGAUAGUGUGUACUCUUGACAGCCUAGUUGAGUAUAAAGAGAUAAACAAUGUGUUUAUCACACUCCCUACUGGAGACCAGAUCAAAGCUACACAUAUUGGAACAACUAAGUGUACUGAUGAUCUCAUACUUGAAGAUGUUCUGUACAUACCCCAUUUCACCUUCAACCUAAUUUCUGUGAGCAAACUCACUUCCAAAAAACCUCUCUACCUAACCUUUUACUCUAACUUUUGUCUCAUACAGGACCUGGAGAAGAAGAAAAUGACUGGUUCUGCUAGACUCACCAAUGGACUCUACCACCUAGAAGUAAACCAUAGCCCUAAAUACAUCACUGCUGCUAGGACAAACACUUUUGAUCUGUGGCACUUUAGAUUAGGACAUGUUUCCCAUUCUAAGAUUCCACACCUCAGCCAAUUUUGUACCUCCAUUCAAACUAUCAAAGACCAGCCUUGUGAUGUCUGUCAUUUUGCUAAGCAAAGAAGACUUAGCUUUCCUAUCAGUCAAUCUGUAACUCAUCAACCUUUUGAGCUUAUUCAUGUUGAUUUGUGGGGUCUCAAUUCUAUUCCUACUUUUGAUGGUUAUAGGUAUUUUUUAACCAUAAUUGAUGAUUACACUCGAAUGACAUGGAUUAUGUUGUUAGAGUUAAAAUCAGAAGCAAGGCAAAAACUGCUUGCCUUCUGCAAGCAGAAUGAAAGACAGUUCAACACUAAAAUCAAAAGAAUCAGGAGUGAUCAAGGUAAAGAAUUCCAAAUGGAUGAUUACUAUGCUGACAAGGGAAUCAUUCAUGAUAUGUCUUGUGUCCAAACCCCCCAACAAAAUAGCAAAGUUGAGCGCAAACACCAACAUAUUCUUGCAGUUGCUCGAGCCUUAAUGUUUCAAGCUGAUCUGCCAGCUACAUUUUGGGGUUUCUGUGUUAAACAUGCAGUUUUUCUCAUAAACAGAGUACCUUCUACUGUCUUAAACAACAAAACACCCUAUGAACUCCUACACAACAGAAAACCAAAUCUUUCUCAGUUAAGGGUGUUUGGCUGUUUAUCCUUUGCUAGCACUCUAGGUAACCACAGAACCAAGUUUCAACCUAGAGCUAGAAAGGGUAUCUUUAUAGGGUUCACUUCAGGGAUUAAGGGUUAUUUGAUUUAUGACCUUAAUACUCAUGAAACCUACAUAUCCAGAGACGUUGUCUUUUAUGAGAAUGAUUUCCCCUUCAAAAGCCUAGCAAGCAGUGAUGUAUCCCCUACCCCAACCAAUUCUUCUCCCUCACCACCUUCACCGCUUGUCUUUGAUGACUUCUACUUCCCUCCUCAUUUCCAUCUCCUACUUCUUCCCAACAUUCAGAUCACUCACCCAUUCCCUCUCCUUCCCCACAGCUCAAUUCCUCCCCAAGCUCUACUUCUAGUCCUUCCUCCCCAAGUCAAUCCCCACCACCUAACUCUUCCCCUCAACCUCAUGUUCGUCGUUCAUACAGACAAUCAAAACCACCCUCUCAUCUCACCAAAGACUACCACUGUUUCUUGUUACAAAAGUCUAGCUCUACCAGUCAGCUUUCAUCUCUCCAGGACAUGGGCAAAAGGUAUCCUCUUUCUUCCACUCUCUCCUAUGAUUCUCUGGCUCCUCAUUACAAACACUUUGUUCUUAGUAUCUCAUCUCAUACUGAACCUAGCACAUAUGAAGAAGCCUCCAAGUCCCCUUACUGGAAUGCUGCAAUGCAGCAAGAAACUACAGCUUUGAUACAAAAUGAAACAUGAGAUGUUGU